CCCCCUGGCCCCUUUCCCCUGCUCUCCUCAUUCAAUUCAAUCGAGCUCCCUUCAUCCCCCUCUCCCACUCCCUCCACCAUCAAAGGCCUUUCCUUUCCCUGACAGCCAACAGACAGACACUCUUUCUCUUGGCUCCAAAAUUUCCAUAAAUACUGUCCGGUUAAGGGAUGGGAGUGAGCUUCUCAUCUUCCCAGUCUUUCCACAUUGCCGUGAUCUUCACCACCAGCUUCUUCCGCCAUAAGCCGUAGAACAUAGCCCGAGUACGUCGAGUGAGGCCGAACGUGCACACGAGUUGGCCGGCGUUUCCUUCUUUACAUGUAAUGGCCAUGGCGGGUCGAGAGGCUUAUACUUCCGCCACUAUUAGCCCUUUCUCCUCCUCCUCCUCAGAAGCCAUUGAUCCUAUCUGGAUCCCCGUCCCUUCCUCUGCCUUCCAUGAGCCGAUGGUCAAUUUCGAAAAAGUCGUCCCUAGGGAUGGUCAGAAUGGGGAUGAAGAAGACUACGAGGGAUAUGGAUUCCUGCAACCGAACGCGAAGAAGAGGCGGCUCAGCGCCCACCAGGUUCAGUUCCUGGAGAGGAGCUUCGAUGUGGAGAACAAGCUCGAGCCCGAGCGGAAGGCCCAGUUGGCCAAGGAGCUCGGGCUGCAGCCCCGACAGGUGGCCAUAUGGUUCCAGAACCGGCGGGCACGGUUCAAGUCCAAGCAGCUGGAGAAGGAGUACGGUGAGCUCAAGGAUAGCUAUGAUAAGCUCAAGGCCGAGUGUGAUUGCCUCCUCAAGGAGGAAGAGCAAUUGAAGGAAGAGGUGCUUUCCCUGAAAGAGAAACUGCUGAUCAAAGAGAAAGGGAAGGAAAACCAGAACUCAUCAGACCCACUUGAGCCUGUCAGCUCAGGGAAUAUCUCAGAAGACCAGAAACCGAACAUCGCCAUCACGAAAGACCUCCCUGACCAGAAGCCCACAUGGGGAUGCAAGCCGGAAGAGGCAACCACCUCCGCCUCCCGAAGCAGUGGCGUCCUCGAUUCGGACAGCCCCUACUUCACGGACUCGAACCACCAAGCAUUGCUGCUAGAGCCUGCAAACUCCUCCCACGCCUUCGAGCCUGACUGCUCGGACUUCUCGCAGGAAGAAGGCGACAACCUCGACUUUCCCAGGCUUGACCACGGGGUGUAUAGGGCCCCGCCCACGAGCACCUGUGGUUUCGGAUUCACGGCUGAGUUGGAUCAGCAGUUCUGGUCCUGGCCGUAUUGAAGCGAUUAAAUGCAGCAUAGAGUAGUUAUGUAGCUUAUGCUCACGAGGCAAUAAACGGAUUUAGAGAUUCCUUGAACAGUAAUGUUCGUCCGUCCCACGUUCCAUUAUAUCAGAAUCCAUACGUUAGUUGAAGUCCCAAUUGAUCAGGUGAUUCGAUAACCUCGGAUGAAUGCAAAAGUCGAACAUGAGAUAAGAAAUUGCCACGAUGUUAUGCCACACCUCAUUACUUA